CUUUCUCUUAUCUUCUUAGUUCGACUUUAUGGGAAUUACCAAUUUAUAUCUUAAAAGUAUUUCGGUGGCCAUUGUCAUCGCCGCUCUGGCAGGACCCCAGUGGCUCUUUACGGAGGAGAAGCUGCCCAAUGCCAACUACAAUGGGACGGCCAACUUCAAGGCCCUGGACGAUGGCGCCUACAUCACCAAGUACACUAAGUCCAGUCUCUGGAUAUUGUGCACCACUCUGCCAGGCCUGGACGCUGAAUCGUACAACUGCGUUAAGAUUGACUACUUUUCCAAUGAGGGCUACCAGCCGGAUCCGCACGACUCAACUGCGGCAAUACCCUAUACGGUCACCAAGUCGUGUCCUAUUUUCCUGGCUGCUGGUGUAUUUCUGGUGAUCAGCUUCAUAGUUUUCCUAAUCCCCACGUGCUCGCAUCAGAACAACCUGUAUUACUUCAGCGCGGGAAUUCUCUUCAUUGUCAGCGGGCUGGUGAUGCUGAUAGGAUUGAUUGCCUAUAUAUCAAUCCUGAAGGCGGAAAUCGGCUCGAAGUUGAGGCCCCGGUCCACCCUUCAACCAGCCCUCAUCAAGGUCUCCUAUGGGCAGAGCUUCUUCCUCUUCGUCUUUGGAUUCAUUGUCACGGAGUUCGUUGGGGUCCUGAACAUAUUCCUCUUCAUCAACUUGCAGGAGGUCAGCUACUACAGUGUGAGUACUUGA